UGGUUUUGCUUGUUUACGUGUUGACACUCGCAUUCCAGUUCAGUUUAUCUAGCGAUAUGCGCGUCUCGCACAGCGUGCGUCCAGACUGGAGCGCGUUAAGGGUUAAUCGCGCUGCAUGGAGUCUGUAGGGCGGAGUGGAGAGGAUGUGAUUGGAGCGCUACCCAUGAUGUCAUGUACAUGAAAAAGCCAAGAAGUAGUUAAGAAGGCGGCUUGUAACUCUGGAAAGAGUGGGUGAACCUCUUAGGCGCAGAGAGCAGACACACGCGGGUGAUAUUCUGGACUGACAACACACGGCAACGGCACCAUGGUGCAGCAAACGGACAACAGCGAAACGGACAGCAUGUCCAGAGAAGCCACCGACUCCGAUGAAAGUGAAUUCAUGGUUUCGAUAAACCCAGACUGGUGCAAGACAGCGACCGGACACAUAAAGCGACCGAUGAACGCGUUCAUGGUGUGGUCUAAAAUCGAGCGGAGAAAGAUCAUGGAACAGUCUCCAGACAUGCACAACGCCGAGAUCUCCAAACGCUUGGGGAAGCGCUGGAAAAUGCUGAAGGACAGCGAAAAGAUACCUUUCAUCAGGGAAGCCGAACGACUCCGGUUGAAACACAUGGCUGAUUACCCUGACUACAAAUACAGACCCAAGAAGAAACCAAAGCUGGACAGUUCCUCCAAACCCUCAGCCCCGUCUCCAGAGAAGUCCUGCAGCAAAAUGUCCAAGAACUCCAAGAAAUGUCCCAAACUGAAAGCGAACAAGACGGGAAGCAAAUCGUCUCACGGCUACGGAGACGAGUACGCUUUUAAGAGCAUGAAAGUUUCAAAGACUGUCAUUAAAAGUGAAUUCACGGAUGAAGACGACGACGACGACUCCGAGGAGGACUCCUCUCGAGUCCGGGUGAAGGAGGAGGAAGAGGAUCCGAUCCGAGCCUACAAUGUAGCAAAAGUUCCCGCCAGCCCAACUUUGAGCUCGUCCACAGAGUCCGAGGGCGCCAGCAUGUACGAGGAGGUCCGGAACAACAGACUCUUCUACAAUUUCAAAAACAUCACCAAGCAGAGCACAAUGUAUCCCGCAUCCGUCUCACCAGCAUCCUCUAGGUCAGUUUCCACUUCUUCCAGCUCGAGCGAAGACGCGGACGACUUGCUUUUUGACUUCAGUUUGAACUUCGCCUCCUCCGCGCAAAGCUCGGAGCUGGGCAACCAAAACCCAGGGAAUCUCUCCCUCUCUCUGGUGGAUAAGGAGUUGGAGUCUUUUAGCGAGGGCAGCCUGGCUCCCACUUUGAAUUUCCAGACUAUUGCACGCCUGAGCUCAGCGAAAUGAUAGCUGGGGACUGGCUCGAAGCGAACUUUUCUGACUUGGUUUUUACAUACUAAAUAAGACAAGUAAUAACAUACGGGAGAGGUAUAAUGCUCUGUUCUGUACGUAUUUCUUUCCCCUGCCUUCUUCUGGUGGUCCACCUAUAGGGGAUUUGUGAAGGAGGCAAGUAUGGCAAGCCAUUUUAACAUUUAUUUCCUUACGCCAUAUAGUGUCUACGCUUGUUACUAGCAUCGUUUUUUAAUUGCAAGUCAGUCAUCCGAAAUGUGCUACUAGUAACUAUUCCAGUACUAACAUUUCUUACCUCACUUGUUACACUAGUUUACUCGUAAUAACUAGUCGGAAUAUCUUCUAGAUAGUUAAAUUCAAAACGCUACGAGCAAAAACUGGAAUUAACACUCGUUUCUAACUAUUUGGGAGUAGUAUCUUUUUUGUUAUUAUGGAAUAAUAAUAUCGGUGCCUAAUGAAUGCAGCAACAGUUUGAAAACAUGUCAUAAACAGAAGCAAAGGAAUAAGUUUUAGCCAGUAUUUAAUGAAACUGUAGUAAAAUCGAGUAAGAUACUAGUCACGGUAACGAAAAUGUAGAUACUAGUUAGUUUGAGGGAAUAAAUGUUAAAAUGGUUUGCCAUAGGAGGGGAGAGGUUUGGGGAAUUAGAUGCUCAUGAAGCUGGUACUGUAGCAAAAAGAAAAAAAGUCUGCAGACCUUUUUUUUCUGGCAGCAUGACAGGGUUUUAUGGAUUUUUCUGUAGGUCUACAAUUACUGUUCAACUUAAGCGGACCACAAAGGGAAAAUCUGAGAACUUCUAUGCAUCUUAUACCCUCUUUCUAACUGCAGGGAGCUGAAAAUGUAAAGACUGUGGACUGACUCAAAGCAAAUCUGUGAACUAUUACUGUUCAGGACGUUUCUUUCAAACGUUGUUUAGUCAUUUCUAAAUGCCGGAACUUUUUUUUUUCUCCUUUUGUUUUCUUUAUGGGACUGAUUCUGUUUACCUACUGGUUUGAAACUUAAGCAGCCUAAACCUCCUUAGAGUUGCAGGUGUUAGAGGAAGCAUUUUGAUACAUAACAGACCUCAUCUUUUUAAAAGAAAGCAAACUAUUUUCAGGCAUAUUUUUGUACAGUUCAAAAGGGAAUGUUCUUACUGGGCACUCAGUGAGUUUCAGGCACUUCUUCCCUUUAUCAUUUGUUUUAAGCAUGCAAGGGAGUCCUGGUUUAAGGAUUAAGUUUAAAUUAAAACUUGCAUCAAAAAUGCCUUGUGAUUUUAAGCUAGGUUUUGUACAGCUGUAGAUCAAAUUUGUUGAGUAUUUGUAGAACAUAUGGCAUUGGGGAGGGGGGAGAUGCAUACCUCAGUGCUGGUAUUAGUUUCAAGAUUGUAUAUGUACUGUAAAAUAGUAAAGUUAGGAGUUUAUGUAUAUCAUACUCGUGAUAUGUGGAUGGGUCCCUAAUCGCAGGUGUGAGACUGGAUUUUUUUUUUUUUUUUUUUUUUUUUUUUCUUUCUUUCUAAUGGCACAUACUGUUUCCCCUUCAUUUUUUUGUGCAAUAUAUUUACUUGUAAAUGCAGACCAUCUACAUUUUUUUGCAUUUUUGUAGCAAAAUGAUGGACGGGCAGACUUUUGCUCUGUCAACAUCAUUAUUUGUCAUGAUGCUGAAGUCAUUGAUGAAUAAAGAAAUCAGCUGGAACUGAUCGUAACUGAAUAUGGUCACAUGGUGUGCUUUUCUGUGGAGAAAAAACCCACCAUUUCUCUUUAAACUGACCCACAAAAAUUGGACAAUUUGUGUCCUGCAGCCAAUUUGAAAAUGACUCAAUUUUGAAAGUGUGCCAUAAUGGGCAAAUAAUGAAUGUCGGUGGUCUGGCUGAAGAAAAACCAAGAAAGCAAAAAAAGGUACAUUCCACAUCCUCGUUUCAUAUGAUGAAACAUUUCAUUUUCGACUCAAGACUGC